AAUAUCUGAUCUUCCGCUUAGUACGGUUUAGAGACGUCGACGCGCCUGCGGUACGUCGAUACUCACGACAAUACAAGGGACAUUGACAGCCGGCAACCCAGGCCUUAGGACCGACAGCCCUCGGCGUGAGAGUUGUGUAGCGUUGCACAAUGCACAGCCAUAUAUGAUAGCUGUGUUAUAUCGUGAGUGCUACAGACGCCCUCACAUUCUUUCGAUCCGCCCCCAGCCCAACUUUGCUGUGACUAUCCUCGCAGCUCCCUUCGUCGAGCUACGAGCUGAUUGGAGUGUUCACACUCAAGCUUUACUGGGCCCCAUACGUUCGGAGUCAUGAGCCCUUCCAGUCGCUUGAACCGACAGCCUUCAUCGCAUGUUGAAAGCAGUCUCCAUGCAGCUGGGUAUACUGCGUCCUCCGGGAGUGAACGACGCCAUGCUCGCGGUGGGACCCAUGGAUUCUUGAGGCGGAUGCUAUCUGUCAAAGAUCACCGCGGUGUUUCCUCAUUGCAAUCUGGACCACUGAGUGACUCGGACUCGGUCACGACCAUCCGGACGAAUGGACCUCUGGCGCUGCCCUUGAAUCUCGUCGAUGAUGAUGAUUUUGCAAGCGACCUCCUCGAAUCUAUAUCUGACGUCUUCCAGCACAACUCCGGGGCUCGGGACACGAUUAAACACAAUCAUGAUGCAGCUUACUCCGCCGUUCAGCUCUGUGACCCGCGUAGCCCACUGGUUGCUAGCACGGACUCUCUGCCACAAAGCCUGGAUUUCAGUCUAGCGACCGCUUCCGACGACAGCGAGACGCGGUCCACCUUCUUUUUCUCCGAUCAGCCUAUCGAGGUGCCUAUCCGGAGCCCUGGAUCAGCUCUCGCGAGAGAAGAGUUCUACGAUGUUACCGACGACGAUGACAAUGAAUGGCCAUCGUUGGACAUGCCGACUCCGAUGUACCGCGCAUCCUUCGCGGACGAGUUCGAGACAAAUGCAGUCGUGGCGCCGCGGGCUUACUUGGCGCACGACGUACCGAGUUACAGUUGGCCGUUCGCGACGACUUCUAUAUCCGAAGAUCUGGAGGGAGAACUGCAACAACAACUGGCGGUAGCUAUGCACGGCGCGUCAGCAAGAGCUGCCGACCGUACGAACCAUACGGCGGCUAGACUUCGGGAUACUGUGGCUACGCAGUCGCCAGGCGAACGACAGGCAGCUUGCAUGGUGUGCACAGCUUGCCAACAGGCUGUCCAAGAGGAUAGCAUCGUGCGUGUGCGGAACAACCGCAUAGUGCACCUCGAAUGCUGCCGCGACAGUCCUCCGCCCAGCUACGAUGCGACACAUUCCUCCUUGAAUGCCACCCCUCGUGAUUUGGCCAUGUUGGAAUCACCAUUCGCUCACUCCGAUGUCUGUGGAUCGAACGGCUUCUACCCUCGCCGACCCCGGCUUCUACCUGGCUUGAUGCGCUCGCCAAACUUCUCAGUUUUUGCCCCAUUCAACCCUAGUCCAGACCGCACCGAGUCAUCGACAUCGCCUGUCCGCAGGCCAUCCAGUAUCUUCCCUUCACCGGGGAGCCAUAGUGCCGAGGUUGCAAAUUGCUAUGGUCAUUGCUGUGCACCCACCGGGACAAACCACUGGCCCCCGUACCAUACCUGCUUGCCGGUGGAAGUCUGGGAAGAUAUACUUAGCCUGCUCCUAGACGAGCCAGAGGCACUUCUCGCCUGCGCGUUCGUUUGCAAGGCCUGGUAUGCCUGCUGUCGACAGCACCUCUCCCUAGGAGUGCUCCAGUUGAGACACCAUUCCGACGUCAUCCGGCUGUCGAGAUAUGUCCGUGCCCAUCGUGCGUUCGCGGGGCGUGAGUUCGUCACGAUCCAGGGAGGCGUGGGGAGGUCAUUGUUGCACCUGCCAACGUUUACCGCGCUAUUAGCGGGCAGGAUGCCACACCUGGGGUCUUUGUUCAUUGAAGACGGUGUGUGGUGGACCGGGAUGACGGAUGACGGAUUCUUCACCCGUGUCGCGUCCUUCGCUUCCGUCGUCCGGCUUUCCUUGAACGACGUGACAUUCCCCUCUACGACGGUGUUCGCCCGGUUUGUCUGCGCUCUGGAGCAACUGGAGGAGCUCUACUGCGUCAACAUCAAGACCGUGAAGAAACGCACUGGACGAGAGUUGUUCCUGCCUUUAAGACAUUCCUCGAAGUUAUCCCACUUCACACUUGUGGGUUCUCAGGUGCACGACAUCAUUGACUUCGUCGUCGCCAGUGGUCUUUCUCAGAGAAUCACGGAUCUGUGUCUGCACGUCGGCUCCGUGGACUAUCGAUCCUUCGCACACCUAGACGCGGUCGCAUACCGCGACUUGUUCUCUGCGUGUUGGUCUUUGCGCACACUCCAUCUGCAACUUCGCGACGCUGCAGUCGCCAAGACUCACGCUACCUAGACCUUGACGCAAGACACCUCGAGAUUCUCCAUCUGUCUGUGGAGCCACAUCUAUA